CAUUUAGUAAAGGCGCUCAAAAAGUCAACGGGAGCUAGAAGGAUGUCCAAAAUGUGGUAUACCCUAGCAUUGCUCCUGCUAAACGGGUUUUUUGUCCGCGGCGAACUACCACCAGAGAUUGAGAAAUGCGCUGGCGGCGAUGCGAACUGCAUUGUGGAAACCAUCAAUCAAAUUGUGCAAAAGUAUCCCAAGGGCCUACCUGGCAUUGGACUUGAUGCCUUGGAUGCCAUAGACUUUCAAGAUGUAGUCGUUAGCGAGGCCACGCCCAAUACGCCCAUGCAAUUGAGCUUGAAAUUCAAUACAUUGAGGGUGUGUGGUUUUGAGAACACGACAAUCCAGCAUGUCAAAGGAUUCGAGAAAGUGUUGCGACAUGGCUUCGAGCUGGCCGGAUGGACGCCUCUGUUGCGGCUCGAUGGGCUCUAUGAGGCGGAGGGCAGGCUGUUGAUGUUGCCCAUACAGGGCAAGGGCGUGGCGCAGGUGGAACUGAGCGGUUGUCAAUUCACGUGCAGGGCAAAAGCAGUUGAGGAUCAGCGAACAGCCGAUGCUAAACUUUAUGCAAAGAUCAACAAGGUCAAGUGUCUGGUGAAUAUAAAGGGUCUGCAUGUCAACUUUGACAAGCUGCUUGACAACCAGGAGCUAAGCGACUCCAUGAACGAGCUAAUCAACAACAACUGGCAGGAUGUGUGGAAUACCAUGCGAAAAGGUGUCAACUCGGCUGUUAACCAGGUGGCACAGACAAUUAUUAGCCGUGUGUUAGACAAGUUGCCCUACGAUGAUUUCUAUAAGCAAGUCUUAUAGUUGAAUGAUUAUUAAUUGGGAGACUAAACACAAAAUACUAUUAUUGUUCUUAUUUUUCUCCCGUAUAAAUGCACUAAUAUCUUUUAUAUAUCCCCUAACCGAACGUAAGCCAAAAUUAUUUUCUCAUUGUAAGAUUGAGCACUGUAAGAUAUCUAAUAUCUUUUAUUCAUAUCCUUAUCAAUCCUAACAGAAAUAAAAAUAAUUUUCAUACACUUAUAAAAAUUAACCAACCUAACUUAAAA